AUUUUAGGCGCACGCGGAAGUGGACAUUCGAGCGAUUUCCUUUUCCUAAAAUUUCAAAACUUAACAAAAGUUUUCAAUAAAUUAGUGCUCUGUGAUUGUUUAUUACAGUUUUUCAUAUUAUUUUUCUGGUGUCUUGAGUUAUUGUGAUCAAAAAUGGAAGUGACCGAUCUAAACGAUUUGCUUAAUGUACGAUCUAUCAAAAUGGAACAAGGAGAUUCAGCAUUUGAUGAGAAUACAGUCGAAAGUUCUGAUCCUCUAUCUAUAAUACCUCAGUACGUCACUGAAUCAGACCUAGGUCUAAUGCAAGCUGGUGGGGAGAUACUGCAGACUCCCCUAGCGGUUUUCUCUGAUACUCCUGACGAAGAUGACACUAUGCAGAGUACGGAGAGCAGUGACGAGGUGAUAGUCCAGUUGAUGGACAUCAGAACUAAUUUAUCUCGUCUCCGAGCCAUGUUAGAACGGAGACUGGGAUGUGAUCUCUCUGAUUACACGUUUUGGCUGCAAAAUGCUAAAAUGUUGGAGAACCACAAGACCUUAGUUGAGCAGUGUAUUAGAGGAGAAGGUGUUGUACAAGUGAACAUUCAGAUCAGAUCUGCUGAGAGGAAGAUAAAUAUCCUGGAUGUGUUGAAACCUGACGAGGAGCUGGUCCAGUUGCCAAACCAGAUGGAUGAUGAUUUAUUGGAAUUCGAAGAGCCCUUGGCUGCUUCCAGUCGAACUGAAGAAGUAUCAGAACCUGUGUCACAUGCUGCGGCGGUCAAGUGGGUAGUGGAUGCACAGUUUAAAAGUGAACACCGGGUUCGAGUGCCGGACGACCCUGCUGAAUGGUCGGUUCAGCAUGUGAAACUAUGGAUUCAGUGGGCCGUCCGCCAAUUCAAUCUGAUUGGUAUCAAACUGUCUGACUGGAAUAUAUCCGGCGAAGAGUUGUGCGCUAUCAACAAUGUAGAAUUCAAAGAAAAAGUACCAUCGGACCCGGGGGAUAUAUUUUGGACACAUUUUGAAUUGCUGAGGAAAUGUAAAUUUAUUGCUGUGAUUCAAAAUGAUGAGCAGACGGUGAAAGAUCCUCUAGAAGUUCCACAAUCUGCUAUAAAGAAGAAACCAAAACAGGUGGUGAUCAGACCAUCAGAGGACGACUGGUCAUCAUACGUGACGUCUCGAAACGGCAAUAACGGUCAGAUCCAGUUGUGGCAGUUCUUGUUAGAAUUACUAACUAGCGCGGAGUACUAUGAUGUCAUCAGAUGGCAUGGUACUGAAGGUGAGUUUAAGUUGUUGGAGCCUGAGAGAGUGGCCACGCUAUGGGGCGCUAGGAAACACAAGCCGGCUAUGAAUUAUGAGAAAUUGUCGCGAGCUCUAAGAUACUAUUACGACGGUGAUAUGAUCGCUAAAGUUUCAGGGAAGAGAUUUGUAUAUAAGUUCGUCUGCGAUCUCCGUCAAUUACUUGGCUACGGCGCGGGGGAGCUGGCAGAGUUAGUUAAGGAAGUUCACGACACGGAAAUGCAAAAUGGUAAUCCAAACUUUACGGACAAAUACAGAAUGUAUGACUUAGAAGAGACCAGUUUACACACAGAUAGAAAGUAGUACAUAUUUUUUAUGGUUUACGGUUUUAAUGAGCUCUAUUCUACCAAACAAGUCUUCUCAUUUGACAAUGGAGGUAGUUGUGGAAAAAAAAUAGAUUAUAUUGUAUUGUGAUCAAGAUUGAGUGUGAACCAAAUAUCAGAUCGAUCUGUCGUCAAGAAGGGGGUGAAAUUCCAAUUAUUAAAUUUAAUUCAAAUAAAUAAACGGGGCAAGCUAAAUGAAACCGUUUAAGAAUAUAAUAAUGCUGAAAGAACACCAGUUUUAGUACUGAAGUAUAUUAGUGUGGGAGAGCCAUGCUUCGGCACGAAUGGAUCGGCUCGACCGAGUGAUACCACGACCGAGCAGAAAACCGUCGUGAAACAACGCUUGCGUUGUGUUUCGUCGUGUGAGUGAGGUUACCAGAUGCCCAAUACCCCCUCUCCUCAAUCUUCUCAAUGCCUAAUUUGUUUAAAUCCUCAAGUUUUUAACCCUCAAAAUACCGGCUACGGACUUGGAACUCCGUAAGUGUUGCGGGUUUCAAUGGACGGCGCUGAUUACUUACCAUCAGGUAAUGUAAUCCGUCUGUUCGUUACUGCUUCGGUAUGCGUUACCCAGGCCAGAUGUUGUCUUCUGUAAUUCUUGCUAACGUAACGCACACGCUGCUUCGUCCAUGUCCUCGGAUAAAAAGUAGCCUAUGUGUUAUUUCGGACCAUAAUCUACUCCUGUGCCAAAUUUAAUCCCGAUCCCUUCAUCCGUUAUGAUGUGAUUGAGUAAUAUACAAACACACAAAUAUAAACUUCCACAUUCAAAGUCAAAGUCAAAAUCAAAGCAUUUAUUUCAAUUAAUCCUUAAUUAUGCGCUUUUGAAACGAAUUUAUAACAUUAGCAAGAUAAAAUGGACAAACGUAUACGAACAAACAUAUUUAUAUUUCAUUCUGUUCAUUUGUCUAUAUGACCUGGACUUGGUUCGAGUCCUGAUUUUGGCACUCAUGAUUAUGAACAAAUUCAACAUAAUAUAAUAUAAUAUCACACCUGGUAUCCUCGAAGGGGUAGGCAGAGGUGCACACAGAAGUAACACCCACUUUUCACUACUUAUGUUAUGAGUCCUUUAUACAGUUAUAAUAGGGGGUAAGUCUAUUGCCAUAUACCGGGCACAAUUCCAGACACCAUGCUACUGCUGAGAUUUUGUUUAAAACCGAGUAAU